GAGAUUCUUGCUUUAAUGGGGCCAUCUGGAGGUGGUAAAACAACAUUACUCAAUAUCUUGAGCGGCAGGACCAAGUUUAACGGCGGGUCUAUCACUUACAAUGACGAACCAUAUACCAAGUCAUUAAAGCAGAGGAUUGGAUAUGUAACACAAGAUGAUGUUGUGUUCCCUCAUCUUACAGUCAAGGAAACUCUCACAUAUGUAGCUUUGCUCCGUCUCUCGAAGGAUCUAUCAAUGACACAGAAAAAAGAGAGGGUUAUGAAUGUUUUAAGUGAACUAUGCCUCGAAAGAUGCCAAGACACAGCAAUUGGCGGCAAAUUUAUCAGAGGGGUUUCUGGUGGUGAGAGGAAAAGGGUCUGUAUUGGCACAGAAAUCCUGCUCAACCCAUCACUUCUGUUCUUGGAUGAACCAACAUCUGGUCUAGAUUCAACCACAGCAUCACGAAUUGUUCAGAUUCUUCAAAACAUUGCAAAAGAGGGAAAGACAGUAUUGACAACAAUACACCAGCCGUCAAGUAAGCUGUUCAGCAUGUUUGACAAAUUGAUUCUGUUGGGAAAAGGGAGCACCUUGUACUUUGGAAAAGCAUCUGAUGCAAUGAUGUAUUUCUCCUCUAUUGGUUGCUCUCCAUUGAUAGCCAUGAACCCUGCGGAGUUCCUCAUUGACCUUGCAAAUGGCAACAUAAUUGACAAAUCUGUCCCUUCAGAACUUGAGGAUAAGUUCCAUUAUGGAAUCAAAAAACUCAACAUAAAAAACAACACACCCUCCCCAGUUGAUGUACACGAGUUUCUUGUUAAGGCCUAUGAAAUAAGGCUUGCGAAAAGUGACAAAGCAAUGCUUCUCGAACCUGUAACAAGAAGGGGAGAUCAGAGUGGGAUGCAAGGCAGGCCAUUCCUGAGGGACUUUGGAGCAACUUGGUCUCAACAAUUUUGCAUUCUCUUCAUGAGGGGCAUUAGGGAGAGGCGUCAUGAGUAUUUCAGCUGUCUGCGUGUAACCCAAGUAAUAUCAACUGCAAUUAUUGUUGGACUACUUUGGUGGAACUCUGAUGCUUCUUCUCACAAGAGUCUCCAUGAUCAGGCAGGGCUACUGUUCUUCCUUUCUGUGUUCUGGGGCUUCUAUCCGCUAUUUAGUGCCAUCUUCAUGUUCCCACAAGAAAGAGCAAUGCUAGUGAAAGAGAGAUCGAUUGACAUGUAUAAACUCAGUGCUUACUUCUUAGCUAAGAACACCAGUGAUGUUCCAAUGGAGCUUCUAAUGCCUCCAGUGUUCUUAGUGAUUGUGUAUUUCAUGGUUGGCUUGAAGCUACAAUUUUCUGCAUUUUCCCUCACCAUCCUCACAAUUUUUCUGAGUGUUCUGGCAGCUCAGGGUCUGGGACAAGCCAUAAGUGCAGCAUUUCUAGAUGUGAAGAAAGCUACAACACUGGCCUCAAUCGUUGUCAUGACCUUCAUGCUAACCGGUGGAUUCUUUAGCCAACAAGUCCCAAGGUUUAUGUCAUGGGUACGCUACGUCUCUUUCAACUACCACACUUACAGGUUGCUUUUGAAAAUUCAAUAUGGAUGUGUGGUUUCAACUUCUGCAUCAGGUUGCAGUGAGUCUCCUUUAGAUAAAAAGAGGGAGACUAUACUCGGGAGAGGACUGGAAGUUGGUGCUAUGAUAAUAAUGAUAAUUAUUUAUCGGCUUAUAGCGUAUUUAUUUCUAAGGAGAAUGAAUAUAAGGACUAAAUGAAGCCAAUUUUCGGACUUUAAGGUCUCAUUUGAUGCGAAGCAUUAACAAUGAGGGAUAGAGACUAGAAUAUCAAUUGAAAAAAAAUCAUUAAAAAAGUCUUUAGCAUGAGUAAUUACUUAUUAUAUUGGAUUAGGCGAACUUAUGGAAGUAAGAUUAGAGAAUACUACUUCCUCCUAUGAUAUUCCCCAAUCCCACAUACAUGGGUUUAUCUAA